AGUUGCUCUCUGUUCUUCGUCGAGGGAGGACCAUACGUUACGGUCACUCUCCCUCUCUUCCUCUCUCUCUCUUCCGCUCUCACUCUCAAUCGCGUUCACCUCACCUGCCCGCUCGCUCGCUCUUCCGUGCUUCUUUAUACAGCAGGCGGAAGAAAACGGAACGUGGGUCUGAUGUUGGUACUUCCUUGACCACCAGACGGCAGCACUGAGGGAUGGUGCUGUACACGGGCAACCAGAGGACGCGACUGGCCGGGCAAAGCAUCGUGGCAGAGGUGGAGGAGGCGAUCGACGGCUGGUUCAAGCGAUGCUCCGCCGGCGAGGACCUGUCGGGGGCCGGGGCGGGGCGGGCGGCGGGGCUACGGGUGGGGAGGUCACGCCCUGUCAUCCCGCCCUUGCUGGAGCUGCACCUCAUCCAGCUGGGGAACAAGCUGACGGCGGGCGAGGCGGAGGUGGCGAGGGUGAGGUUCAGGAGAGCUGCCGCCACGCUCAACACAACUAUAGAGUCCCAGGUCAUCACCGAGUACCCCGUGAGCACUGAUCCUGAGGGGAACAGUGUACAGUGCCGCCCCGCCGCCGCCAGCCCCGCCAACGCCCUCAUCGCCCCCACCAGAGCCCGCUGCUGCAACUGCCCCGAGAGUGCCCCGACGGACCUGUUGGUGGAGCAGCUCGUGCGGACCAUGCGGAAGGUGGUGCUGGAUAUACUGGAGGAUAAUGCAACCUCGAGUCUCCUGAGGGCCCGCGUGUCUCGUCACAGAAUCUCGGCCUCAGUAAGGGACGAACGCACCCGCUCCUCCUCCUCCUCCUCUUCCUCCUCCUCCUCUUCCUCCUCCUCCUCCUCCUCCUGCUCCUCCCUCCCCGCCCCCCCCGCCGCCUCUGUCCCCGCCAAGGUCGCCGUCAUAGCCUCCAGCAGCCCCGCAGACACCGCCCCCCCUGAUCCCUCCUCCGUCGCCUCCUCCCCCUCCUGCUCCUCACCCUCCUCCCUCUUCUCCUCCCCGUCCUCCACCUCCUCCACGUGUGAGGCGCGGCGGGAGGGCGCGGUGGAGGGCGUGGAGGGGCUGGGGGGGGAGGAGGGCGGCGCCGCGGGUCGGGGAGGGGAGGCGGCCCCCUCGCGCGCCAGACACACGGAGCCGAUCUUCCUGCGGUGCACGCGACGCCCGGAGGACAACCUGGUGGCGCACGCCCUGGCGCGGCACCCCCUGGAGGCCUGCCAGGGGGGGCGCGGCGCCCUCUCCCCGCAGCGGUCCACGGUGUGCGCCUCGGUGGGCGACGAGCUGCAGCUGCGGCUCAAGGCCAUCCUGCACGCCCCCCGCCCCUCCGAGGGCGGCCGCACCCCCAUGGAGGACGCGGCGCCUUGGCCCUGUGAGGCGGCGCCGCACACCCUGGCCUUCCCGGACUCGCCGCGGCUCCAGGAGGACUAUGACCCCUGGGGCACGGCCGAGGACCCCUGCCCCCCCGCGGCGCCCCCCAGCCCACCCCCCGCCGCCCCCGCCUCCCCCUCUGCGGCGGACUGCCACGGCGGCUACUCCGAGGGCGAGGAGGACGUCUCCCGCACGCCGCCGCCGCCGCCGCCGUGCCCUGCCCGCGCGCCGCGCUGCUCCAUCUUCACCAUCAGCGGCACGCUGGCCGACCCCUUCGGCACCAGCGCCAAGUACUCGCUCAGGAGCCUCUCCACGGCCCACUUCUGAGUGUGUGUGUGUGUGUGUGUGUGUGUGUGUGUGUGGUCAGGUCUACACACACACCCUUCCCGCGUGACUCCUGGCGAUAAAAAGUGGCGGAGAAUUAUUGGUAUGCACGCACCCCCCUCACCCCCCCCCCCCUGCCUCCCUGCCUGUCUCCCUGCCUCUCCCUUCCUCCCUGUCUGGCUUUUCCUCCCUGUCUCCUUGUCUCCCUUCCCGCCUGGCUCUCCCUGACUCCCUUCCUCCCUGUCUGGCUUUCCCUUCCUGUCUCCUUGUCUCCCUUCCCGCCUGCCUCUCCCUGCCUCUCCCUCCUCCCUGUCUGGCUUUUCCUCCUUCCUUUACCUUCCUUCCGCUUUACCUUCUUCUCUCCUUCCCCUUCUCUCCCUUCCAUCUUAAUUUCGUUCCUCUCUCCCUCUCUCGCCAUCUUUACUUCCUUCCCGCACACACACUUACACAAGGUCUACACACACGCCUAUACGUACAUAAACAUCCUGUAUACAUAUCUACCCCGUGUACACAUAUCAAACGCGUACACAUGACUGCAUAUCCCUGUAACCAUAUCACUUAAAGUUGUGUAUUCGUGUAAGUUUCUAAACACACACACACACACAAACAUACACACACAAACACACAUACCAUAUCUAUCCAGCUACCUAUCUAUUUAUCUAUUUCUCUCAUUCCACCUUCUCUUUCCUCCUCCUACUCCUCCUCCUCCUCCUCCACCUUCUCAUUUUGCCCAAGGGAAGUUCUGAGGCGAGAGAGGGGGGAGGGGGGUGCCAGCGAGCAAAGUUAAGGACCAAUCAGAACCGUUGCUUUGGGUCACCUUCAACCCCUAUUGGCUGUCCGGGGAGCCGCUAGUUAGUGCCUCUAUUAGAACAAGUGAUCAAGGUCUCCAUAUACAGGAAUCUAUAAAGAGGGGGAGGAUGUAAUUAUAAAGGAUCAGGAGGGAAGAGAAGAACUAUUUAGAGGGUUCGAAUAGCAUGAGAGAGAAAGGUAGGAUUUAUAGUAAUGGGUUAAAGUUAGAUAAUUUCAGAUGCCAUAAAAGUAGGAUAGAAAGAGUGAAGAGGGAGUGGAUGUAAUUAUAGAGGAUCAGGAGGGAAGAGAAGAAAUAAUUAGAGGGUUCGAAUAGCAUGAGAGAAAAAGGUAGGAUUUAUAGUAAUGGGUUAAAGUUAGAUCAUUUCAGACACCAUAAGAGUAGGAUAGAAAUAGUGAAGUACAUAAAAGGUUCUAAUAAGAGUGAUGGUGGUAAGUAGGUUCAGAUAGCAAAAUAGCAGGGUUGGAUUCGAAUUUAAUGGGUUUGAGUUAGAUAGUUUCAGAUUUUAUAGACUCAAGCAAGAACAUGCCAUAAAAACAUACAAGUGGGUGAACAAGAAAAAAGAAAGAAAAAGGAAGAAAGAAAAUAGGCAAGGGUGACGCUAGAAAACAUAAAGGAAGAGUAAGUGAGUUGAGCAGACCUGGCGGUGCUUUUGUGAGUGCCAAUACGAUAGACAGCCUUAAGGACAGGUUAUAUAAGUGGGACAGAUUUGGCAGUCAUGUUGUGAGUGCCAAUACAACAUACACUCUUAAGGACAGGUUAGACAAGUGGUACAGAUUUGGCAGUCAUGUUGUGAGUGCCAAAACAACAUACACCCUUAAGGACAGGUUAGACAAGCGGUACAGAUUUGGCAGUCAUGUUGUGAGUGCCAAUACGAUAGACACCCAAGGACAGGUUAGUCAAGUGGUACAGAUUUGGCAGUCAUGUUGUGAGUGCCAAAACAACAUACACCCUUAAGGACAGGUUAGACAAGUGGUACAGAUUUGGCAGUCAUGUUGUGAGUGCCAAAACAACAUACACCCUUAAGGACAGGUUAGACAAGUGGUACAGAUUUGGCAGUCAUGUUGUGAGUGCCAAUACAACACACACCCUUAAGGACAGGUUAGACAAGUGGUACAGAUUUGGCAGUCAUGUUGUGAGUGCCAAUACGAUAGGCACCCAAGGACAGGUUAUAGAAAAGGAGCAGGCAGGGUAGUCAUGUGGUGAGUGCCAAUGCAAAAGAAACCCAUAAUUAAGGAAAUAUUAGAUACAUUUCUGAAUAGAGAGGAUAGGUUAGAAUUUAUAGGAGCCGCCUUUUGUAAGCUGUCAGACUUAUUGCAGGGUCUUGAUGCUCUUUUGUUUUUUUGCGUGUUCAGGAAAAGUAUAAUAGAGAGGAGUGAUUUAGGAGAUAGUGAAGAGAUUUACCUGUAUCCUGAACACCUGUAUAUCCAGACCUUGGACAAAACUUAAUUAAUGAGUGAUUUAGAGAAAGUGAAAUAGGUUAGGAUCUGAAAAGGUUGUUGUGUGUUGUUAGCAGUUGUGUUAUUAUUAUUAUUAUCAUUAUUAUUAUUAUUAUUAUUAUUAUUAUUAUUAUUAUUAUUAUUAUUAUUAUUAUUAUUAUUAUUAUUAUUAUUAUUAUUAUUAUUAUUAUUAUUAUUAUUAU